AGUAAUGGGUAAAGCAGAAGGCUCUGUGGCUAGGGAGGAGUGGCAUGGACACGUUACUGCCCUCUCUGUUGCACCAGAAUUCCGACGGCUGGGUUUGGCUGCUAAACUGAUGGAACUUCUGGAGGAAAUUUCGGAAAAAAAGGGUGGAUUUUUUGUAGAUCUCUUUGUGAGAGUAUCAAACCAGGUUGCAGUAAAUAUGUAUAAGCAGCUAGGCUACAGUGUGUACCGAACAGUACUCGAGUACUACUCUGCUAGCAGUGGAGAGCCAGACGAAGAUGCUUAUGAUAUGAGAAAAGCUCUUUCCAGAGAUGCAGAGAAGAAAUCGAUUAUACCUCUGCCUCAUCCAGUGAGACCAGAAGACAUUGAGUAACUGUAAGCUGUGGUUCUUGGGCAACUUAAGAGUGUCAGGUUCGUUCUGUACCCCUGGCCCCCAAGAACUGAUGGAUGAGAAAGCUUAGUCUCAAUGUUUUUCAUCAUGAAAUACCAAAAAGCAACAUCGAGAAGCUUACUAAUGCUGCUCCGUUGGUAAUGGCUGCAUACUCCUGCACUUACCCCAUUAUUUUUCCUUUCAAAUACUGGAAAUUCAGAGACUAUUAAAAUGGAAUUACCUC